AUGGCGUGCAGGCGGGCAGGCGGGCGGCGCGGCGCACUGGCUGGCGGGUGGCACGGCGCGCUGGCCGGCAGGCGGCACGGAGGGCGGACGGGCGGGCGGGGUGGCGUGGCGCGCUGGCGUGCGCGCUGGUGUGGCACGCUGGCGGGCGCGCUGGCGUGCGCGCUAGCGGGGCGCGCUGGCGUGCGCGCUGGCGUGCACGCUGGCGGGGCGCGCUGGCGUGCGUGUUGGCGGGGCGCGCUGGCGUGCACGAUGGCGUGUGCGCUGGCGGGGCGUGCUGGCGUGCGCGCUGGCGGGGCGCUGGCGGGCCUGCUGGCUAGCGCGCUUAGGGCAGACCGGGGAGGGCGGGGCACGCCAAGGCUAGAGGCGGCCUAA